UGCCUAUUCUUCACCCUCGUUUCUCCUCCAUCCAGUCAACACCCCUUCCGUCGUUUCUCUGCUCUUCCACGUCUUUCGGUAUUACUGUGGUGCGGGAGUGCUCCGUUACAAUCAGCGACCGGUCGCAACCGUUUGGACUCACUCGCCAAAUCCCUUCAUAUUCUUACUUCCUGGCCCGUCAUCAACCCCGCGAUAUCAACGCCGCCGUCUUUUGAACCAUGAGCUCCCAUGUCGUGGUCCUCGACUCGACAGCUCGGAGAGCUACGAUCAAGACGACACCCGGAAAACACCUGACAGAUAUCCUACAAGAAGGGUGUAAGAAGUUAGGCGUUGACGCCAAUCAAUAUGGGUUGAAACAUAAAGGAAAACAACUCGACCUAUCCCUGGUAUUUAGACUGUCCGGUCUUACCUCCGGCGCAAAGCUUGAGUUAGUCCAACUCUCACGAUCGCCUUCCGUGGUCACCGUUGCCCUGCAGCUCCCGGAGUCAGAAGCAGCAGGCACUCAGAACGGACGCCUCCUGGAUAAAUUCCCUAGUACGACCACGAUAUGGUUUAUCUUGCGCAAAUUUGAAGCCGGAGUUGCGGGGACGACUUCCAUCCGAAAUCUCACAGCCCGAGGCAUUCCCGUUACGAGCGGCGGUACUGAAGCCGGAAGAUUGUUUUACGAGACGCCAGUGGUGCAAAUAUUGGAGCGAGAGCUCUCGAGCUUCACCGAUCUACAGAAGUCUUUAGCCCAGCUAGGCUUCAACAAUGGAAACGUCUUGCUUAGAUUGAGUUUCCGACGUACAGAAGAACCGCUGGAAGUGGCGAUGGUGAAAAUCCAAGACUAUUUCAAAGCGUUUGGUGACGAUGAUACUCCUGCGAAACAAGAAUCGCCGGCGAAACAAGAAUCGCCGGCGAAACAGACACAGAAGGCUGAAGAAUCGACUCAAAUCGAAAACCAGCAGCCGACUCCUACUCCCGAUAUUACCUCGAAUACAACUGCCGAAUCGGAACAACCGGAAAUUCAAACCGAACCCUCUGCAACCACUGAGUCCACUGAGGUGCCGACUGAUUCCUCCCGCUCCAUAACUGUUUUCGCGCCUCCGUCCAACGACACCCCCCAGUCCGCGCAAACUUCAUAUAGUGAUAGUGAUUUCGUCCCAUCGGUGGACCAUGCAAAAGCGCACCAGCGUCGCCUCAACAUUGCCUCGCAGAACAAAAAGCUCCCGUCGGACGCAGAAAUCGCCGCCCAAGCCGCAGCCGCGGAGGAAAGACUGGCCGCGGUGCAAGAAGUCGACGUGAAAGUCCGUCUUCCGGACCAAAGCCAGGUAGUAGCGAAAUUUAAACAAGGAGAUACGGGGGAAACGCUUUACGAUUUCGUGAGGAACUGCCUUGCGGCGCCAUUCGCCUCUGAGAAGUUUAUCAUCACACACUUGCCCGCGGGGCCGCCUGGCACGGGCGGUAGAAAGAUCCAGAGCGUGGUUCCAGACUCGGAUAAGAGCCUACUGAUCAAAGACCUGGGCAUGACAGGCCGAGUGCUUGUCAACUUCUCCUGGGACGCCAAUGCAUCGUCCGCUGUCCGACAAAGUCGAGCCGACCUGUUAAAGCCGGAGUUGCAAAAUAAAGCACAGCAGCACAAAGUUGAGCAACCUCGCGAGGUGAUGGACACCUCGGAAGACACAGCCCAACCAAAGCCAGGGGCGAGCCGACAGUCCGGCGAGAAACCGGCUCGCAAGCCUGGGACGCUACCCAAGUGGUUGAAGUUGCCUGGAAAGAAAUGAAACCGCCGGUCUCUGCGGGUAGUUAUGUCGUGUAUGCUUUUAACCAUGAUCAUGAAUCAUUGAAUAAAAUAUUUCCUUAGAUGAUGC